CAACCUGCAGGACCAACCAGAACCAGGACCAUCAACACUGUGACCUUGCCAGGAUGUGGAUGUUUCUACUGAUCGUCAGUCUGCUGGACCAGAACCAGGCUUCUCCUACAGCAGGUGCCCGUGGCGAUGCCGUUCAGCUCAUUCCUCAACAAGAACCGGUCCCAAUCACGCCUUCCACCACCACUGCCAUCAAUCAACAGACAGGCUCCUCCUCCUCCUCCUCUUCAUCGUCGGCUUCAUCAGAGUCAAGCCAGAGUUCAGAGGGUCUUCAACAAGUGAGAGAACGACAGAACCAGGAGACUAUGGCUCUGGAGGAGAUGGACUCGUCGCAGGAGUCUCGCAGAAACAAAAGUGCCGACCCGUGGCUCAACGAACCGGCUUUGGUGAGGGAGGGAUUGGACGAGCAGCAGAGACACGCUGGAGACGACAGCGUGGAGAGCCAACACCAGGCUCUGUUGUUGAACCUUCACCAUCUUCUGGGGCAACCUGAAACCAAAGAAAUCAUUCCGACGAAGGAAGUGGGCGGAGAGACAACGUACGUCAGCGAAAAUGCGCUUGACGGCGGAGGCGUCGGGGCCGACAUCGUAGACGCCCAGCUUCUGCCGCUGGACAGCAUGGAGCGAGAAAACGAGCUGACCUUUGACACGCCAUAUCACUACCACUACCACGGCCACCGCGGCGAAGAGGCAGCGCUUGAAUUGGGUCUGUAACAGAGGCCACGCCCCUCGCAGAAAAAUUAUAUUUUCAUGUUUCCUACGUAGCAAAUGUAAUCAUCUGCAUAUUGUGUGAAGUGUUUAACAUCAUAAAUAUAAUUAUUCCAACAUUAUAACAUCAAAUAUCACCUCAGCAGUACCAACUACAGCGUUGUCGGUGCAUAAAAAACAACAAGAAAAGUGCCACAGCCCAAUCACCUGCAGGUGGCACUGUGAUCAAAACCAUAACUUUAAAGACAUUAGAGAUCCAUAACAGCACCACCAUGUGGUCACUGAAUGUGUUUCAUGUUCGCAUUACACAGCGACACUGCUCCAUCUAACAGCAGCUAACCGUUUCCAUUAUUUUAGGUUA